AGCUGCCGACGACGGCGCAAAACGCGGGCAGAACCGCCUCUGCAUCUUGUUCUCGCGCAUCUCAACCGUGAUUGCAACUUAUAACACGACUGCACCGCGAUUAAUAAAAAAAAACCGUGUCGCUUUACGUUCAUAUCAUUAUAGAACAUUGCAUAAUUGAGACGAAACCAUAAAACCAUGAAGUGCCUGUUGACGAUCAUUAUUCUUGUGACUGCUGCCUCGACCAUUGAGGCGGAAACAUUCCAAGUCACCGAUCAAGUAUAUUUUGAUAUCAUGAUUGAUAAUAAUCCAGUUGGAAGAAUUAUUAUCGGCUUGUUUGGCGAUAUCGCACCGAAAACGGUAAAAAAUUUUAUGACUUUUGCUACCACCGGUGUAGCUGGAAAAAAGUAUGUAGGGACCAAAUUUCAUCGCGUGAUAAAGAAGUUCAUGAUACAAGGUGGCGAUGUUGAAAAAGGCGACGGUACUGGCUCCAUCAGUAUUUACGGUAAAUAUUUCGAUGAUGAGACCUUUGAGGUGAAGCACAGCGGACCGUUGUUUGUCAGCAUGGCAAAUUCUGGGGAGAAUACCAACGGUUGCCAAUUUUUCAUUACUACCGUAGCAACACCUUGGCUAGAUGAUCAUCACACAGUAUUUGGAAAAGUGGUCAAUGGUGAGGAUGUGGUCUUCAAAAUCGAGCAGACAAAAACAGAUAGCGAUGAUGUUCCACUAAAACCUGUAAUAAUCUAUGACAGUGGAUCUCUCCCAACAGAACGUUACACAAUCUCAAAUAAUCCUUACGAUGCAUGGGCAUGGAUUAAAGCGACUUGCAUACCAUUGGGAUUCAGCUUCUCGAUACUCGCAGUUUUUCAUUACAUGAUGAAACAGUUAGAUAUUUAAACAAUAAUAUCUUUAUAUAUGAAAGACUGAUUUAAAAUCUGAAAUAACAAAUUUACAUGGCCUUGUAUUCAUGCAGAUCUUACAUUUGUUUUUUAUAAAUAAAUUAUGUACAACUGUA